AUGCCGGGCGCCGCGCCCCCCCAGCCCGGCCGGCCCCGCAGCACCGGGGUGGGCACGGCCAGCGGGACCCCCAAAGCCAGCGGGGUGUCCCCAACGAAGGGCACUGCCAGCGGGGUGUCCCCCAAAAAGGGCGCCACGACGGGACCCCCCAAACCCAGCGGGGUGUCCCCCACGAAGGCCACCUCCAGAGGACCCCCUAAAGGCAGCGAGACGCCCCCCUGGAAGGGCACCACGGCGAGAACCCCCAAACCCAGCGGGGUGCCCCCUCCGAAGGGCACCACGGCGAGAACCCCCAAACCCAGCGGGGUGCCCCCUCCGAAGGGCACCACGGCCGCCCCUUCCAGGAGCAGCACCACGACGGGACCCCCGAAGGGCAGCACGGUCCCCCCGGUGCGGGACAGCGCGACCCCCCCCAGCCCCGGCCCCUCCCGGCGCGGGGACCCCGCGGGCACAGCCCCAGCGCCCACGGUGACCAAGGUGGCGGUGAGGAGGAAGAAGGUGGUGAGGAAGAAGGUGGUGAAGAAAAAGGUGCUGAGGAAGAAGCCGGAGGCUCCGGCCGCUCCGCAGGAGCCCCCGUGUCCCCCCCUGGGGCUGGAGUCCCUGCGGGUGCUGGACGAGCAGCUCCGGGCAUCGAGCCACAAGCGGCAGGGGCUGGGAGCGCACCGCGGCCGCCUCAACAUCCAGUCAGGGCUCUAUGACGGUGACUUCUACGACGGUGGCUGGUGCGCGGGGCGCGAGGACACGGAGCAGUGGCUGGAGGUGGACGCCCGGCGCCUCACCCGCUUCACCGGCGUGGUCACCCAGGGCCUCAACUCCAUCUGGACGUACGACUGGGUGACGUCCUACAAGGUGCAGGUCAGCAACGACUCGCACGCGUGGCUGCCGAGCCUCAACGGCACCGAGGAGGCGGUGGGUGGCACCAGGGGUGGCACCGGGGUGGCGUCCCCAGACAGGGUGGGGACGUGGGGAGGUGACAGUGCUGGGGGGCAGGAAUCACCUGGGAGGGAAUGA